CGGAGCGCGUGUCACCCGAAGGCCGAAGAUGUCCGUUUUCUCAGCGACGAUGUUUAUAAAAGGAAGUCUUUAAAAAAAAAAAAACGACGCAGUGGGGUGAGGGUCUUAAUUGAAGAGGAAAUACGCCGGAGGAAAGUUGACUACCAUCACAUGCUGAAUUGACGGUUUCCUGAUGCGGUUGUACAGCUGCGAGGAGACACUCUAUCCAGUGCUGAAGAGGCCAACCUCGCCUUAAUCACCUCCACGUCUUGAACACAAGAUACGGCCACACACCUCUGUACGUUAUGUUAUCGCUAUUCGUGUUCGUCUACUUGGCAUGGACCGUAUUGCUGGUGGGGUCUGCCAUAUGGCUUUUCAAGAGGGUCGCCCAUAAGAGCUGCACGUCACGCAAGACGAUGGUUGGGAAGACAGUGAUCAUCACCGGAGGAAAUGCAGGCAUCGGCAAAGAAACGGCCAUCGAACUGGCGUCCCGCGGUGCCAGAGUGAUAUUAGCGUGUCGAAGUCGAUCACGGGGUCAGGAAGCCAGGGACGAAAUCAAGCGGCUCACGGGCGGUGACGUCGUCCUCAAGUCCUUGGACCUAUGCAGCCUGGCCUCCGUCAGAGCUUUCGCCGAGGACGUCUUAGCGACAGAGUCGAGGCUCGAUGUCCUCAUCAACAAUGCUGGAAUUGGAAGCUUUGCUGUUGCAGGUCAAGCCAAGAUCGUCACCACUGUCGAUGGAUUUGAAGAAACUUUCCAAGCCAAUUACUUGGGGCACUUUUUAUUAACAAACCUACUCUUAGACAUGCUGAAGAAGUCCGCCCCCAGCAGAAUCAUCUUCGUGAGUUCCAUAAUGCACUACCUGGGCUCCAAUCGGCGCAUACUGAGCGGUUACUCGGACGUCAAGUGUGGCCACGUCUUCGGAUCUUUCCUCUACGGCGACACAAAGCUUGCUGCUAUACAAUUCGCCAAGGAACUUUCUCAAAGGCUCAAAGGCACAGGUGUCACAGCUAAUGUCCUACACCCGGGUUACGUGCAAACAAAUAUCCUCUUCAAGGGAAGCAACAUCGUCAACAUGCUGCUCAUGUGUGGUUCUUACAUCUGGGCUAAGACUCCAUCAGAGGGUGCCCAAACGACACUGCACCUGGCUCUAUCAGACGAAGUUGCCAACGUCAGCGGGAAAUACUUUUCGGAGUGUAGCCAAGCAUGGACGAGUUUCGAGUCAUUCGACAGGGAAGCCAGGAAAAAGAUAUGGGAAAUGAGUUGCAGGAUGACGAGCCUACCGACCAAUCUACAUGAAGCCACUUCGUCGUCAGCUACGCCUCGGUGACCAGUGGAAGGGAUGCCGAAUAAAAAACAAUAUUUAAAAGAUA